AGUUUAGUAUUACUUUUGACAGUUUGACAUUAUACUAACCUUUAAGAAAUUUGUUUCGAUUUAUUUUAUUUAGUAUUUACUACAUAAUAUAAUGAAGAAGUUAUCAACAAAUACUAUCAAAGGAAUUCAAAAUUCUUAUCGACAAAAAGAAUUCAGCCCGACCCAAUUUAUAGAAAAGUGUUUAGAGACAGCUAAAAAGACGAAGGACUUAAACGCUUUUAUUACUGUAACAAGUGAUCUCUGUUUUAAUCAAAGUACAGAAAGUGAAAGACGGAUUAGGAGUAACACAUGUAAUUUUUUGGAUGGUAUAACUGUUGCUGUUAAGGACAACUUUUGCACUAAAGAUAUUCGCACCACCUGUGCUUCGAAUAUGCUCAAAAAUUUCACUCCUACUUAUAAUGCUACUGUUUAUUCUAAGCUAAUGAACGCUGGCGCGUGUAUUGUCGGUAAAACUAACUUAGAUGAGUUUGCCAUGGGUUCAGGCACUGUGGAUUCUAUUUUUGGUCCCACACAUAAUCCAUGGUGCCACGGUGAAAACUGUAGAAUUCCUGGAGGAAGUUCCGGUGGCAGUGCUGUUGCUGUCUCCUCUGGAGCUUGUGUAGUCGCUAUUGGCUCAGAUACAGGCGGCUCAACAAGGAAUCCUGCAGCACUAUGUGGGGUUGUGGGCUUAAAACCUACAUAUGGCCUAGUAUCUAGACAUGGAUUAAUACCAUUAGUCAAUUCAAUGGAUGUACCAGGCAUAAUGGCUAAGAAAGUAGAAGAUGUUUGUCUAACAUUAAAUGUUAUUGCUGGCCCAGAUGAGUUGGACUCAACAACAUUAAAAACUAAGUUUAAUCCAAUUAUAAUUAAGGACGAUAUAGACCUAUCAAAAAUAAGGAUUGGAAUACCAAAAGAAUAUCAUUGUGAGGGUAUGAGUGAUGAGGUUAUAGAAACCUGGCAGUAUGUGAUAGACUUACUUGCCAAUGAGAAAUGCAUUAUGAAGUCAGUAUCUUUACCACACACUUCUGUGUCCAUAGCUGUUUACUCCAUUCUUAACCAAUGUGAAGUAGCAAGCAACAUGGCAAGAUAUGAUGGUCUUGAAUACGGCCUGAGGGCAGGUGCUGACUAUUCAACUGAAGAACUAUAUGCCUCAACACGGUCGGAAGGAUUUAACAAUGUUGUAAGGUCAAGAAUAUUUGCGGGCAACUAUUUUCUUUUGAGACAAAAUUAUGAGAAAUACUUCAUUAAAGCUCUCAAGUUGAGGAGAUUAAUAUCAAAUGACUUUAACAAUGUGUUCAAUGUCGAUCAGGGUGUUGAUUUGUUGCUGACACCAUCAACAUUGAGUGAUGCACCAUUAUAUAAGGACUUUAUAUCAAAGAACAAUAGAGAUCAAUGUGCAUUUCAGGAUUACUGUACUCAACCUGCUAAUAUGGCAGGCAUUCCAGCAAUAUCUGUACCUAUAAAAUUGUCUAGAAAUAAAAUGCCUUUGUCAUUGCAGUUGAUGGGACCUAUGUUGUCUGAAGAGUUGCUUCUCAAUGUAGUGAAGAAAAUUGAGAACUUGGUUAAUUUCCCAUUCUUAGAAAUGCAAUGACUUAGCACAAAUACUAUUAUAGUGUACAUAUUGUUACUGCCACAGCUUGUGUUUGUUAAAAGAUUGAAAUUAUAACAAAAAUAUUUAUUAACAAGGCAUACCUUAUUUAUUAAAAAAAUAAUUGAAUGUAGAUUACAUGUACAAGAUAGUGUGAUAAUAAUAAAUUGACAUAGUAUGUUAAAGAUAUGUUGCAUCAUUGAUAACAGUGGUUUGUGCCUGGGAUUUUGUAGCAGACAUACUUACUUUUUGUACUUAGAAACAUUUGCUUUUCAACUUCUUCUAGGAAGGAAAUAGUUUAAGUUUAUUAUUAAUUAUAAUUUCUUAAGCCAUAAA